GGUGGAGUCGCGGAUUUUAUCCAAGAGCCGAAUCUCGUGCUGAGAUGCCAGAAGCAAAAGUCUAAGUAUAAAGGCAGGUUGGUUUUACAUCAAAGCCUCUCUUCUUGACUUCUAGUACACUCACCGCCAAGAUGCAUGUUACUUCCUUACUUACAGUUGCAUCUCUCUCUACUGGAUCUUUGGCAUGGCCGAAGUAUGUUUCGCAACAAGAUGAGAUGUCUGUGCAGACUUCAUCCGGUCUCGUUCAUGGAAUCAAGGACUCGAAAUAUCCCAACGUUCGUCAGUUCUUGGGCAUUCCAUUCGCACAACCUCCUACUGGGUCGCUCCGUUUUGAGCCUCCUCAAGCACUUCCUGCGUCUGCCGCAAAGAAGGUGGUCAACAAUACUCAAUUGCCUCCCAGUUGCAUGCAGUAUCUCAACACAGAAAGCCCUGGAGUCUACGUUGACCAAAUCCUCGAAUUUGGUCUGCAAGGCUUGAACCGCACAGGCUCAAUCAGCGAAGACUGCUUGACACUUAGUGUCUGGACACCUACUUCCAACAACAAUCAAUCAUGUCGUAGUAAUGAAUUACUGCCGGUCGAGAUCUGGAUAUACGGUGGCGGCUUCAGUACUGGAGGACAGGACGUCCCUUACCAAAUUCCAAGCCAAUGGGUUGAGCGAACGCAGGACCACAUUGUUGUGUCUAUCAACUACCGCGUCAACAUCUUCGGCUUCCCUAAUGCUGCAGGACUAAGUGACCACAAUGUUGGCUUGCUCGAUCAGAGGGCAGCAGUCGAAUGGGUCCGCGACAACAUUGUCAGAUUCGGGGGUGAUCCCUCUCGCAUGCUGCUCUGGGGUCAAUCCGCCGGCUCGAUCAGCGUAGACUACUACAACUAUGCUUACCCCAAGGACCCCAUCGUCAGUGCCUUCUCAAUGGACUCUGGUACCGCUUUCUCUGUCAUCCAGUCCGUUGACACGCAACACACAAACUUCACAUUUGUAGCCUCUCAACUCGGUUGUGCAAACUCUUCCUCUCCUGAAGCAGAACUGGCAUGUGUUCGAAAGGUCCCUGCUAAGGACAUUGAGGACUCUGUCGCGAACUACCAGAUCAAUGGCACCUCACCAGGAAUCUCUUUCCUCCCUAUCCCCGACGGAAAAGUCGUCUUCAGCAACUACACUUCCCGCGCUCUCGCCGGCAACCAAGCGAAUAUACCUGCUAUCAUCGGCACGAAUGCUCAAGAUGGUGUGCCGUUCGCUCCCUACAGUCCAUCCGGUCCGAACGCCACUCUCGCACAGCUCGCUCUCCUCCGCACUUUCUUCUGUCCUGCCACUGAGAGCAUCCGUCUACGUCAACUGACCAACCGCCCAACCUAUCGCUAUGUGUACUCUGGCAAUUUCUCGAACAUCGCUCCUGCGCCUUGGUUGGGUGCUUAUCACUCCUCGGAACUGCCAUUGCUGUUUGGCACCUACGACAACUUCAGAGGUGCGGGACCGGCAUUGGAGGGACAGACUAGUGUGGCAAUGCAGGAUGCUUGGGUUGCGUUCACCAAAGAUGGAAUGCAAGGUAUUGAGAGCACUGGAUGGCAAGAGUAUGAGGUGUUGGGAGAGAACACUGUGAGGGACUUUGGUGACGGUGUUGCGGUCAAGGAUACAGAUCUCAAGUACUUGGAAGGUCUUUGUGAUGGUUCGAUGCCGAAUUACUCUGCUUGAAAUCUGUAUUCAAGGAAACAUGUAUAUAAUGCUGCGCUAUAUGACAACCGGAAUGAGUAAUAUUUUCGCUUUUGAUAUAUCCUGUCACCUUUGGAUCAGAGUCUACUCUGCACCAUCUCCUCCUUCUGCACAGGGUUUCGAACCUUCUGUACACUCUGCUUGUCCUCUUUCAAACACCCCUCCACA